CACGACGUGAGUCACUCCAAUUCGGCUUCCUUCUGCCACAUCCGCACAUCCAGAACAGUCGGACGAUCGACGGCGACACCCUACUGAUCACACGCGUACACCUCCUAGCUCUCCCUGGUUCAUCUCGCGACACUGGUGCGGCCAUCCUAUUUAAGCAGCAGGCGAGACCGUGGUAAAAUUAACAAACUGAACACUGCAAAACCCCAGCUAGCAAGCAGUUCUUGCGUGCCAUUAUCCGUAGUUGCAGCAUCAUCACACAGAUUUCCGAAUUUCCAGAUCAAGAAUGGCGAACGCGGUGUCGGGCGUGGCGGUGAGCGAGGAGUGCGUGAAGGUGUUCCAGGAGCUACGCGCGGGCCGCGCGCACCGGUUCGUGGUGUACAAGAUGGACGACGCCGUGCAGCAGGUGGUGGUGGAGAAGGUGGGCGGCCGCGACGCCGGCUUCGACGACCUGGCCGCGGCGCUGCCCGCCGACGACUGCCGCUACGCCGUCUACGACCUCGACUUCGCCGUCGCCGACGCCACGGCCGCCGGGGCCGGCGAGGCGCCGCGCAGCAAGAUCUUCUUCAUCUCCUGGUCGCCGGCGACGGCGGAGGUGAAGAGCAAGAUGAUCUACGCGAGCUCCAACGAGGGGUUCAAGAAGGAGCUGGACGGCGUGCAGAUCGACGUGCAGGCCACGGAGCCCAGCGAGCUCACCCUCGACAUCCUCAAGGACCUCGCCACCUAAUCCUCGCGCGCGUACCCACGACGGCGCGUGUACGUACGUGCGUACCACGUACCGGCACGACAUUGUUUGUAGACAUGCGUGUGUGGUAUGUACUGGGUUUUGUGAUGUACGGCGUGUGCUCGAUCGAUGUACAUGCAGAAAACUGUAUCUUGACCCUCUUUGUGCUUGGAUCGUGUGUCGAUCUGAAGAAUCAUUUCCCUUGUAAUGCGUUGCGUGUAUAACCUCCAUUAAAAAAACAUGUUGAAUAUAAUUUUUUUUAGUUAA